AUGAAUGUGUCACAGAAUCGGAUUUCUGCAUGGCACCACCCAGUGGCCUUUGGUGGGCGGAUAGUAGCACUGUUGUGCUCUGGCCCUUUUGCUUACCAUGUUGUUGCACCCCUGGUUUUUCAGGACUCCGAUUGGUCUGAGACUGGUGACCGCUACUUGUUGAAGCUCUUCCGAGACUUUGUGUUUCACCAGUCCAGGAAGGACGGCACCCCCAUCAUCGACUGGGGUCAUAUUGUGGAGUGCCUGAACAAAGUGGAUGCUGGUGUUCCAGAGAACAUCGUUCUGCUCAGCAGGGACGAGAAGCAAAUGCUUGUUGUGUCCUAUGGGGAUAUCAAGAAAUGCGUUGAGACUUCCUUUGAGCAACUAAAAGGGAAGGCAGAGAGUGGAAGGCCAGUGUAG